CGAGAAGCGAGUGUCUCUCCGGCGGCGUGCUCUCACCAUCCCUCCGCUCAGCGGGAUGCAAAGUGAGCAGACAAAGCUGUGACACGCAUUUUAAGGGAAAAAUCGGAACUAAACUGCUGUGGAAGUAGGUCGCCUUUUAUUGGAUGGAGAAUUUCCAGUUGUUGGUGAAUGAGCUGAAGUCAAGCUGGUUGUGAAGGUGCAGGACUUGUUUCCCCCUACGCCCCAGGCCGGAGACAGUAUGGCGGCGGGAGUGGCGGCAUGGCUUCCCUUUGCCCGGGCAGCGGCCAUUGGCUGGAUGCCUGUGGCUAAUCUACCCAUGCCUGUGGCGCCAACUGAGAAGAACAAGCGUCAGGAUGAAUUAAUCAUUCUGAAUGUCAGUGGACGACGAUUCCAAACCUGGAGGAAUACAUUGGACCGCUAUCCAGACACCUUACUGGGCAGCUCUGAGAAGGAGUUCUUCUACAAUGAAGAGACAAAAGAGUAUUUCUUCGACCGGGAUCCUGAUGUGUUUCGCAGUGUGCUCAACUUUUACCGCACGGGCAAGCUCCACUAUCCUCGCUAUGAGUGCAUUUCCUCCUAUGAUGAAGAGCUCUCUUUCUUUGGUAUUGUUCCGGAGAUCAUUGGUGACUGCUGCUACGAAGAGUACAAGGACAGGAAGAGGGAGAAUGCAGAGCGUCUGAUGGACGACCAGGAGGACAAUAAGGAUGCUAAGCUGCCCAACAUGACCUUCAGGGAGACAAUGUGGCGGGCUUUUGAGAACCCUCACACGUCCACCAUGGCCCUGGUCUUCUACUAUGUCACUGGCUUCUUCAUCGCCGUCUCUGUCAUUACUAAUGUGGUGGAGACGGUCCCCUGCGGCUCUGCGCCCAACCAGAAGGAAGUGCCAUGCGGCGAGCGCUACACUGUGGCCUUCUUCUGCAUGGACACGGCCUGCGUGAUGAUCUUCACUGUGGAAUACCUGAUGCGCUUAUUUGCUGCACCUAGCCGCUACCGCUUCAUGAGGUCUGUCAUGAGCAUCAUAGAUGUGGUGGCCAUCUUGCCCUACUAUAUCGGCCUGGUGAUGACUGACAACGAGGACGUGAGCGGUGCCUUUGUGACGCUGCGUGUUUUCCGUGUGUUCCGUAUCUUUAAGUUCUCCCGUCACUCUCAGGGCCUUCGCAUCCUAGGCUACACUCUGAAGAGCUGUGCCUCAGAGCUGGGCUUCCUGCUCUUCUCCCUCACUAUGGCCAUAAUUAUAUUUGCUACCGUCAUGUUCUACGCAGAGAAGGGUUCAAGCUCCAGUAAAUUCACCAGUAUACCAGCCUCCUUCUGGUACACCAUCGUUACUAUGACAACCCUCGGGUAUGGAGACAUGGUUCCUAAAACCAUUGCAGGCAAGAUCUUUGGUUCAAUCUGCUCUCUGAGUGGGGUGCUGGUAAUCGCCCUGCCUGUUCCUGUCAUCGUGUCCAACUUUAGCCGCAUCUAUCACCAGAACCAGAGAGCAGACAAACGGCGGGCGCAGAAGGUACAGAAAGCCCGCUUGGCCAGAAUACGAAUAUCUAAGACAGGGAGCUCCAGUGCCUUCCUCCACAACAAGCGUAAUGGCCUCUUCAAUGAAGCUUUGGAGCUUACGCAACUUCCAUACAAGAUGAACCUUUCAGAUCAGGGUUCCAUUGACGAGGAGCAACGGUUAAGUAAGUCAACCUCUCUGUUAGAGAGCCAGCACCAUCACCUGCUGCACUGUCUGGAGAAAACCACUAACCAUGAGUUUGUGGAUGAGCAGUAUUACCAGCAGAGCUACCUGGAUGCAGGGCUGCAGAAUUACCCAUCUCGAAGCCCCUCCCUCUCCAGUCAAGAGGGCGUCACGGGCACGUGUUGCACCCGCCGAAGCAAGAAGCACCACAGCCCUUUACCGAACGCAAGUGCCCCGGCACACAUGCAGUCUUUGACGCAUGCACACCAACAAGGCUUGCAGGAGCUCAGCACCAUCCACAUCCAGCCCCUCAGCACCAGCCGCUCCAGUCUGAACAUGCGCAUAGAUGAGCCAGCACCCCUCAACUGCCAGGGCAGCCAGAUCACCACAGCAAUCAUCAGCAUCCCCACGCCACCAGUGAUGACCCCUGAGGGCGAUGCCCAUCUGCCAGCAGGCCCCGCCCACCAGAACGUUGUGAAGGUGUCCGCAUUGUGAAAAGGGGCAGGAGUGUCAUACUGGGAGACAGUUAAAGACUCACCUUGACAGACAGAGGGACAAGGGGAGACAUGAUGUUGGAAGAGGAAGACGUUGAGUUUGGCCACGGUGGGGCCUGUCCUCUGCUGGCCAUGUACUGUAACAACAUGGACUCCCUGCACUGAAAAGGGAUUAGAUACAAUACAUCCAUGUCAAUCGGUGUGUGUGUGUGUGUGUGUGUGCGCGCGCGCGUGUGCGCUUGACAGAGAGAUCAUUUUAGAUAAGGACGUGUGUGUGUAUGUGUGUUCCCAGAGCAACUCCUAUGUCACUGAGCACAAAGCACCUUUUUAUGAUUUCUGCAUCAGUUUGACUCUUUAAAAAGCAAGGGGGAAAAAAAUGACAUUGUUGUAAAAUGACUUAACUGUGCCCUUUUAGUUUGUGUCAUUCUGGUCCACUUACCUGCUAAUACACAAAUGUGUCACCAUCCAUUACCACUUUCAGUAUCAGGCCACUUGAGGAAUAGGUACAUAUGAUCAGAAUGUCUGUGUUGGCAGAUGAAUUUCAUAUUUGUGCAUUUGUACGUGUGUGUGUGUGUGUGUGUGUGUGUGUGUGUGUGUGUGUGUGUGCAAUUUACCUAGAUAGAAGAAUUGUGACGUUCUGGGUCGAAGGUAUGUGCCUAUAUGGGAGCGUGUGCGCGUGAAUGUGGUCACUUCAGUUGAUUGAAAACUUGUCUUUCAGUACUUCUGGAAGUCUAUCUAUGGCUCUGUAUAUGGCAUAUUUGACUAGCUGCCACUCUUAAGGGUUCAAAGUACACAUUUAUGUCCAAAAUCCUCAGCUAUGAACCUUUAUAUACAAAAUGUGCCUGUUCUGUCUGGUUGGAAACAUUCAUUUGUGCAGAUAUAUCUGAUUAUCCCGCCCUUGUUUUUUUUGCCCUUUGGCUGUAAUAGCUGGACGGGCCUCAAACUAACUAAAUUAUUCAACACAUGAAAUUAUAUUUUGAAUUGAGAGGCACAGCAAUUAAAAGCACAAGGCAUUCACUGAGAAUUUUGGACACUAACAUGUUCUGACCCCAGGUUGUCUGUGAAUACUGUUAAUAGAAUAUUUUGUAAUAUUUGACCAUCGUUUGGCAGAGCCAGUGAAGCUGUUCUCUCCUCUCCAUUUGUAUUCCUCUCUCUGUCGUCGUCGUCCGCUUGUCCCUUACCCCUCCUGUGUGACCUACCGUAUGCUUUCAGUAGUCUUUAUAGCUGUCAAAGCGUUCUUUCUUCCCCAAACUCAGUGGGCAUUUUUCAAAGUUGUUGAGUAUGUGUACACUAUGUGGUUAGGAAACCUUGGUGUUUGUAAUUUUUGUCCUCCUUAGUGUUAUUUUAUCUUCUGGGUACCUUAAAGCAGGGAAGCAGGUCUGUCGUGUUGGUUGCUACAGCCAAACGGUAGACCAUCUAGGUGUUUUCAACUCCCAGAACAAUCAUAUAAUGUUAGAAGCCAUCGAAGCCCAUUGAAAUCUACGGAUAGUGACCUAUCAGGUGUGUUCACAUUGGAGCUGAUGUCUCCCACCUGGCCUGUUGAAUGUCAUUCUGAGCCCAACAGCUCUGUACUCGUGUCAGAGAUUGUACAUUCACUUCCAUUCCAGUCUUCAUAAUGAUGAAAUAAAAUGGUCAUCGUGAGAGCUCAGACAGUGCUAUAGAUGUACCAGCAUAUCAUGGUAUACGUAGUUAGAAUCUGCUCAAAUGUCAUACUUUAAGUGGUCCAAUAGCAGGCCUGCGGGUGGUGUGGAAGUAGAUUUUUAGUAACUUAUCAUCACAGCAGAAUGACCUUUUUAAAAAAUAAAGAAAUACAGUCAUGGAAAAAAAUAUUACACCACUCUUGUUUCUUCAGUUUAUUGAUCCAUUGUAAUGCCUGGUACAACUAAAGGUACAUUUGUUUGGACAAAUAUAAUGAUGAUAACAAAUAUAACUCAUAAGAGUUUAAUUUAAGAGCUGAUAUCUAGCAACUUCCAUGGUUUUCUUCAUAAUAACCAAAAUCACUUAAGUUCUCACAUGAAUAGCUAUAGCAUUGUACUGCCAAAAAAUGAACUCUUAUGAGCUAUUUUUGUUGUAAUUGCUAUAUUUGUCCAAACAAAGGUACCUUUAGUUGUAUCAGGCAUUAAAAUGAACGAGAAACUAAGAAUCAAGGGUGGUCUAAACAUUUUUUCCAUGACUUUAUGUGCAGUCAAUGGAAAGAAAGGUUUAUGUGCAUUUGUACUAAAAAACCAUAUCAUCGCAGCCAGCAUGGAUGCUAAACUGUAUUAUAUAUCAGUGUAUCACGACCCUAAGUCUUGCUGUUUUCCUGAAUUCUAAGGAUAGUUCUACCAAGACAAAGCCAGAAAUAUUCUACAGAGUAGCAUCAGGAAGUGUUAAGUCCUAUUACUAUUUUUGGUAAAGCAGGCGUUAAAAAAAAGAGACAAGCACACAUAGGCAGAUAUUUAUUAUCUUAUUUUCAAAGCAGUGUUAAAGACAUCAACAUUGUGUUGAAAGCAUCAAGUCCAACAGCAGAUGUGAGGUUGCUGUCAUGUUAUGUAGCCGAGACCGGGAUUAAACGUUUACUUUGAAAUAACAGAAUCCAAGUGCGGCUCAAAGUGAACAAUGUUAGCCUUUUUAUUUACAAUCAACAAUAUUGGAUACUUUUAUAGUGUUUCUCUGUUAUGUACACUCAUUUGUCUUCUCCGAGCUCAGUCGUUGUUCCUCUCACUCUUUGCCCUCUUAUGCCACCUGUUAUUGUUGAGACUACUGCUGUGCGUAUCUUGUCAUGUGUUGGAUAUUAUUUAUGACCUUGUCUUGUGUCCCAACUGUGAAACGCCUGAUAAAACAUCUAUAUCUGCCACAUUUGCAUGUCUCUUGGCUUACCCCCCACCCGACCCCCACCCACACGUCCAACCCCGCCUUCUUUUUUAUUACUGCUGAAUUUUAGUGUAUUUGUAAUCAGGGUACUUUGCCCAAAUCUACAGUACAGUUGGAAACUCAAAAUGUAUGUUAAAAGUUCAGGAUCCCAGUUUCAGUGGACACUUUGGAAAAGACAUGAAGAUCUUCCUGAGUUCAUAGCGGAACUGUCUGGUGACUAACGUGUAGAUGAGUGGAUCUACUGCAGCUUGCACACAGGUCAGCACCAUGGCAGAUGUCUCCAACUCCAACAGCAGCUAUAUGACAAUUAGAGGAUGCAUGUCAGUCUCAUGAAGUUUCAAUUUAUCCAUCCAUUUUAUAUACUGGUGAGCUGUAGCCUAUCCCUGGUGACUGCGGAUAAGAAGGUGAGGUACACCCAGGACCAGUUUAUUAUUACCAUGAAUCAAAGUCAAAGGCCAUGUAUUCACUUGACAAUAAUUAGUAGCUGUACUGAUUGUUCAGAAUAAUAGAAACAUUUAACACUAUAAAUCUGCAUUAACAGUUUCAGAAUUUUUG